CCUUGCGCCACUUCAUAAAUUCGAUUCAUUUCUUUUGGAGUGCCGUCCCUCCCUCCGUCAGUCUGACGUGCAAGCUUCCCGGUUAGGGUGAGGGUAGAGUCCAUUGUCAGUUUUCUUGUACCCUAGCCUCACUUGGAAGAAGGUCGCGUGACUAAAUUCUGCUGCUCACGCAUUUUUUCGGACAAGGGCUAUCAUGGCCCUCCGUGUCGUGAAAAGUGGGUCCAUCGCACCGCUUACCGAGUCUACUAAUGUAGCGGGAGCCGCGGUAGACUCAAAUUCCGCUAUGGUUAUGCAAAUUGCAAAAUCGACCUUCACGCCUGGAAGCGUAGCAAUCAGCAGGCGGGAUCCUUACAGUCUACUGCUACAAAAACGAAAUCGUCGAUUUUUAAGACAAGGCGAAUCCCAACGUCGAGUUACUGCCAUGGGACCUCAGAAUGGCGGGAGGCCUGGUGAUAACGAUUCGAACGGUCAUGGCUGGUCCAGCGGCGUGUCUCGAGUGCUGAGCAGCGCCGACCGGUGGUGGGAGAAACGGAAGAAGGCGCACAAGGAGCACGCGGAUGGCAGCCACGGGUACCAGGGCCACCACUCCCAACACCCGAACCACCACCACCACCACCACAGGGCUUCGAGCGAUGAGGAAUCCGACGGUGAGCAUUCGUCCCGGCAUUCGCAUCACAAGAACCGGCACGGACACUCACACCAUGAAUCACACCGCCAUGACCAUAGCCACAGCCAUGGGCAUAACCAUGGACGUAGCCAUAGCCAUGGGCAUCACAGUCACGACGAGGAGCAUCAGCCCGGGAAGCACCAUUGGCAUCAUGACGAGAAAUCCGGCCACCAUCAGCAGCAUCAGCAGCAGCACCAUCACAAGCACAGCAGCCACCACAGCCACAGCCAUGACGCGGACCAUCAGCAUCACAAGCCUCACAAGCACCAUCACCACCACCAUCAGGAGCAUCACCACCAUGAGGAUCACAAGCAUCAUAAGCGGCAUCAGCACGGGGAAGACAGCCUGGACCACCAUCUCUCCCAUCACCAUCACCAUCGCCAUCGCCAGCACCACAACCACCCGCACGGCCACCACCACAAGCCCCACAGGGACCAGCGGCGGCCUGCCGACGCCCACCUCCCGCGGUCGAUCCCCAGAAUCCCUCCCGGCCCGUUAGCAGACUUCGCCUUCUGGGUUCGGCGAACCUUUUUGUCGAAAGACGCCUACGAGCCGGAGCAACCCCCCCCGUACAGCAUCAAUCUGACGAAGGACCAGGCGGUCAUGCUGCUCAACGUGCUCGCCUUCGGUUACGCCGCCACCGCCGUCACUGUCAAGCUCAUGCAGGAGUUGCACGGGGGGGGAGGCGCGGGGGGGGAGGUGGGGGGAGUAGCGGCUGGCGCGGCCGCCGUGACUGCGGUGGGCGCGGCGGUGGGGGAGGCGAUUUCUGCCCCUAUGGGGGAGGUAGUGAGUGACGUGAUCCGGGGUGGGUUUUUUGGUGGGUUAUUUGGGGAGGGUGUGUUCGGUGCAGGUGCAGCUGCGUAUCCCCUUUUUGGGAGUCUCGAUACAAGUGUGGAGUUUGCUAUUCGAUUCCUGUUCGCGUCGAUUGGGCUGGGAGGGUUUGCGCUAGUGAGGCAAGUUGCGAGGCGGCAGCACGAGCUGACACUCAAGAGGCGGGAGGAGACUUGGGGCGAGAAGGUGCUCGGAAGCAUCCGGGACUCGUGGGAUGCGGCGUGGGACACGUGGGGUAACACCGGACUGACCAACCCCAUGAUGGCUCUUCUGGGGGAGGGCGCAUCUGACGGUGGCGACACCAGCAGCAGUAGGGGCAGCAACGGCCAGGGGAAAACGGACCCACAGCCGGAGGAAGGAAAAUUGAAACGGAAGAAGCAGGAGGCGAAGGAGGGGCUGGCUGGGCUGUGGGAGUCGAUGGUCGGGGGCAGCAAGAGGGAGCGGCGGGAGCGGUGGGCGAUGGUGGUGGGGGGCGUGGAGCUGGGCGCGUGGAUGUUCGUGACGUACGCGGGGCAGGCCAUCGGACUGGAGACCACCUCCGCUGACGAUGCCGCCCUCAUCCUCACCAUCUCGGUGGUGCUGGUGCCGUUCCUGGAGGCCCUCUCAGGCACGCCCAUCAACCGCAGCGUGUGGAUCGCCACGCUCCUGGCGUGCACUGGCAUGGUGUUGCUGGAGGGGGGGGAGACCAUUACUGCUGUCGCAGUAGCAGCCACGCCUGGUGACGUCAUCGCCACCACAGCAUCAGCAUCCGCUGACGUCAUUGCAGACACGGCAGCAGCAGUGCUGGCGUCGGUGCCGGUGCAGUGGAGCCUGCCUGUGGGCCACGUGUGGUGCCUCGUAGGCGCUGUGGGCUCUGCAAUUCAUGUGGUGCGAUCUGAGGUCCUGUGCGCGCGCUUCGAUCCGCUCAUCCUCGUUAUCCUUCAGCUGGCCACCACGGCAGCCAUUGGGGUGGUGUGGGUGCUUCUCUCCCUCGCCGCCAUUGCCUUCACUGCAGGGGGGGGCGCGGUGGGGGGGAUGGACAGCAGUGGCGCAGUGGUGGCGUGGAACCAGCUGGUUGCGGUUGCUGCAGCCGCCCCCAUCGGCAUGGCGCUGCUGGCAGGGCCGUUUGGCACAGGCAUGUGCGAGUGGCUUGAGAUGGAGGCGCUUCGGUUUGUUCGAGCAUCGACGGCCACGCUCAUUCUCACCAUGAGCCCCCUCUGGGGCAGCCUCCUGGCAUUCUUUUUGCUAGGAGAAACACUUAGCACCUCCACUGCCACUGGCGCCAUUCUCAUUUUGCUUGCCAGCCUGGAGGUACAGCUCUUAGCGCCACAUGCUGAUGGGGAGGAUGAGGAGGGAGCGGAGGGAUAUGAGCAAUUUGUGAAAGAAGGGAAGGGUGGGUGGUUGGGAUUUGGCAAAAGGUGGUGAUGGAGGGGUGGAGAUGGGAGAGUUGGUCAUGGGAGGUGUUGUCAACUUAUACAUAUUAUCUAUGUAGAAGUUAUAGGCUAGACUGAGGUAUGCUUCUAGUGAGUACAACCAACUAGUAUUUGUUCUAGGUUUCCACCUCUAGU